GCUCCUCUUUCUCUCCAUCCUCUGCCUCCUUUCCUGAACCCCCUCUUUUCUUCUCCUCUCCUCCUUUCCCCCCUCACAGAGGAAGGACACUCUACGCCCCAAAUGUCCCUAAAGUUAGAGCUCUCCUGUGCCAUUGUGACAUCACUGGGCAUUAGCCAAUGCCUGCUGCCCCUGGGCUGGGUUCUUGGCCUUGUGGGACCGCCACCCGUCACUGACCGGGAGCAGCGGCCACCUCCUGCAGGCCCCUUCACCCUCAGGGCAGCCACCGGAGCAUGGGUCCCCCCUGACUCUGCUCCCCACCGAUGUUCCUCACGGUCAAGCUCCUCCUGGGCCGGAGAUGCAGCGUGCAGGUGUCGGGGCAGGAGAGCGUGGCCACGCUGAAGAAGCUGGUGUCGGAGCGGCUGCAGGUGCCCGAGGAGCAGCAGCACCUGCUCUUCCGCGGCCAGCUGCUGGCGGAUGACAAGCGUCUCUCCGACUACUGCAUCGGGCCCAAUGCCUCCAUCAACGUCAUCAUGCGGCCCCCGGAGAAGACGGCGCCUGUGCCCGCGCCCGCGGAGGCCCUGCAGCCCCAGCAGCCCCAGCAGCCCCAGCAGCCCCAGCCACUGUGGCACCAGCUGAGCCAGGUCCUGGCCAAGCACUUUGGGCCCCAGGACGCCAAGGCGGUGCUGCAGCUGCUGAGGCAGGAGCACGAGGCGAGGCUGCAGAGGAUCAGCCCGGGGCACCUGGAGCAGCUGGCGCGGGACCUCCUGACCGAGGAGGAGCUGCUGGAGGAGCCGCCGUCGGGGGAGGAGUCCUCUCAGGCUGUGGCCUUGGUGCCCGGAGAAGAGGGGGAGGGAGUGGGGGAGGGCGGGACUGACCAGUAAACCAGCCAUCCUACUCAUUU